AUGAAGGAGUUAAAGUCAUUCAUCACGGGACACGAAGAGCUCGUGCACGAUAUCAGCUACGACUUCUACGGCAAACAGCUUGCAACCUGCUCGUCAGACCAACAUAUUAAGGUGUUCGAUCUUGAUGCCGCAACGCAGACCUGGAACCUCAACGACUCGUGGAAGGCACACGACUCGCUGAUUAUGAAGGUCGCGUGGGCGGCGCCGGAGUUUGGCCAUGUCAUUGCUUCUAUCUCGUAUGACCGCACGAUUAAAAUCUGGGAGGAGGACACGGACGAGCAACCGGGCCUGGGUCGCCGCUGGAAGCGGAUGGCGACGAUCUCCGACUUCCGCGGGCCAUUGUACGACGUGGCAUUUGCACCUGCGCACUUGGGUUUGCGUGUCGGUGCCAUUGGUUCCGACGGUGUGUUGCGCGUGUACGACGCAAUGGAGCCGUCCGACUUGCGCGUGUGGACGUUGACCAGUGAGGUCCAGGUGUUGAACUUGCCGCCGGCCACCAACCUCCAGUCGGACUUUUCGCUCACAUGGUGUCCCGGCCGCUUUUCCGCCGAGAAAAUCGUCGUGUGCGCGUUGGACCAGGGCGUUAUCUACACCCGCGAUGCCCAGGGCCGCUUGACGCUUGCCGCAAACUUGCCCGAGCACAACGGGUUGAUCAGAUCUGUCUCCUGGGCCCCAUCUAUGGGCCGCUGGCACCACUUGCUUGCUACUGGCUGCAAGGACGGGUACGUUCGUAUCUUCAAGUUGGUGGAGAAGGCGCAGGAUGUGGAAAUCAACGAUGCCAGCAGUGGGGAGAGCAAGGCGCACUCCGCGAUUGAGGUUGAAUUGUUAUCGCAACACGAUGACCAUAGCGGUGAGGUCUGGAGAGUGAAUUGGAACUUAACAGGCACGAUCUUGAGCAGUGCGGGGGAUGACGGGAAUAUCAGAUUAUGGAAAUCGUCUUUCUCGAACGAGUUUCAGUGUAUGUCUGUGAUCAGUGCGAAUCUGAACUAG